GCGGACUCGCACGAACAUGAUGUUCCUGUCGCUCCUCUCUGCUGGCCUGCCUCUCCCGCUCGACGACCAAACGCCGCCGCCGCAAGUGCCGCUCCCGAUUGACGACCUCACCUUCAAGCCGCUUAGCACGACCGGCUUCGUGCCCUACUUCAACUACGACGGCGCGCUCGCCGAGGUGAGCGGCACCGUCGGCCUGAUCACCUCGGACGACGCCGGCGUCGCGUCUCAGACCUUCACGUUCAUGCUCUCGGGCGCGGACUCGCGGUGCAAGGACGGUGCCGGCGACGCACACAACUCGUGCGGUCUCCACAUCCACCAAGGUGGCUCGUGCAAAGAGGACGCGCUCGGCCACUUCUUCAACGCGUCGCGAAGCGACGGCUCCUUCGACCCGUGGGCGAGCGGGCCGGCGCCGAUCGUCUACAAGACGACGGACGACUUCACCUUUGGCGAGUUCACCGUUCUGACGGGCCUCCCUGCGCACCAGAUUGACGGAAGGACGUUCGUUGUGCACGAUUUCGAGGGGAGGCGGAUCGCCUGCUCGCGGAUCGCAGGCCCGGCCGACGAGCAAGGUGGGCAACGCCGCCUCCAGCUGGCGGAGCCGCCCGAGGAGAAGAAGAAGGGCCACUUCUUGGGGGUCCUGGCUGGCGCUGCAGCAGGUGCCCUCGCCGGUCACUUGGCCAGCCAACAGGGCAACUCCCCACACUACGGGAGCUACCCUCAGCAGUACUACCCCCAGCAGCCGUACGGCAAUCCUCAGCAGCAGUACGGUUACCCUCAGCAGCAUUACGGUGGCUACGGUUACCCUCAGCAGCAUUAUGGUGGCUACGGUUACCCUCAGCAGCAGUGGCACUCCUGGAUCCAAGGCAGGCUCGGCCAGAGCUGCACGUCGGUGUGCCGCGAGCGUCGCUUGACCUGCGACAUCCGGGUACUGGACGAGUUCGCGCGCACGGGCAGCUACACAAGUUUCAACGUCAACUCGCUCAGCGCCCUGACGCGGCAGUGCCGCGCCGUCAAUUACUACCCGGCUUGGCUCCACAGCCCGGCAAUCUGCAACUCGCCCGCUUGCGGGUCCACCUGGCGAUACAACAGCUUCGGUGGGUGCUCGAUUGGCCGUGGCGGGUCCAGGAGCUGCAACGCCUUCCACACAGCUUUCUCCCGCUUCUGCCCGUGCGCUUGACGCUUGCGCGUCCGUGUCUGGGAGCGCGCGAGUGGAAUCUUGGGAGCGUGGUGGGCCUUGCGCCGUCACGCACGCCUCGCCUCACGCCUGCGGCCUGGUCCUGGGCAAUGUUGAAUAUGUUGACGUUCGUUCUGAUUGUGACCUGGCGCGGCUGUUUAAUUCUGUUUCAAGUAGAAAUACA